AUGGCAACCUCACAACAAGUAUACUACUUCCCACCAAACGACCUUCAAAGGUUUGUAGAAUCCGUUCUCACAGCAAAUGGAGUAUCGUCCGACCAUGCGAAAAUCAUCGCCAAUGGUCUCGUGCAAGCGGACCUUCGAGGUGUCGACACCCACGGAGCCAACCGCAUCCCGUCAUACAUGGAGCGUAUCCGACGCAAGAUCCUCGACCCGACUGCCUCGCCCGAGGUGACUGAAAUCACGCCAGUCGUUGCUUCCAUCGACGGCAAGAAUGCAUUCGGCUUUGUCGCCGCCGACAUGGCCGUCACCCGCGCCAUCAGCAUGGCCCGCCAGUUUGGCAUCGGGAUGGUGUCGGUCAAACAUUCGAAUCACUACGGCAUGGCGGCGUGGAUCGUCCAGCAGGCUGUCGACGCCGACAUGAUGUCUCUUGUGUUCACCAACUCGUCGCCCGCCCUGCCGGUGUGGGGUGGCCGGAGCAAAUCCAUGGGCGUGUCGCCGCUGGCUUGCGGGGCCCCCGGCGGCCCCACCGGACCUCCUUUCAUUCUGGACAUGGCGCCCUCGGUCGCGGCUCGAGGGAAGGUCUACAAGGCUCUGCGGCGCGGGGAAAAGAUCCCCACGGACUGGGCGCUCGACAAGGACGGCGCGCCGACCGACGACCCUGCCCGCGCGCUUGAGGGAGUCAUGCUGCCCAUGGGAGGGCCGAAGGGCUCGGGCCUCGCGAUCAUGAUGGACGUAUUCUCCGGUGUGCUCUCCGGUUCUGCCUUUGCGGGCAAUGUAGGCGGACCCUAUGAUUUCACCAAGACCGCCGACGUCGGUCAUUUCAUCGUGGCUAUCAAGCCGGACCUGUUCAUGUCCUUGGUUGACUUCAAGGAGCGGAUGCAGUACCUGUACGACCGUGUCGUUGGGAGCGAGAAGAUGGCGGGCAUUGAUCGCAUCUACUUCCCCGGCGAGAUUGAGUUGUUGAACAAGGAGAAGCGAGAACGAGAAGGAAUUCCGUUUACGGAAGCCGAGAUUGCGAGCUUGAAUAAGGAGGCGGAGAUGGUGGGAGUUGAAACACUUAAAUAUACGUGA